AUGCGUGCCGUCAGGAAUCAUCAACUAUGUGGAAAGGAAGCUUCUGUCACCAUUGAGAACUCUCGUUGUGACGAUAAGCUUUUGUCAAUCUUCCGUGAAGGUGUGAAGUAUGGUGCUGGAAUUGGACCUGGUGUUUAUGACAUCCACUCCCCAAGAAUACCACCAAAUGAAGAAAUUGCUGACAGAAUCAACAAGAUGCUGGCAGUGCUUGAGAAGAACAUCUUGUGGGUGAACCCUAACUAUGGGCUCAAGACCUGUAAGUACACUGAGGUGAAGCCAACCCUCACAAACAUGGCUGUCUUCUUUGUCCUUCUUCAGCCACUAUCAAAGAACUGGUUUAGGAUAAUAAACAAAUUGCUCACAAAAUCACUAUGGUUAGAGCUUAUAUGGCUCAUUGAUUGGUGGGUUGGCAUCAAGAUUGAGCUAUACACAGAUUCAAAAACUCUUCAAUUAAUGGGUAAAGAAAAUGCACCUAUAAUCUGCAACCACAAGAGUGACAUUGAUUGGCUUAUUAGAGAAAGGCGCUCAGGUUGCCUUGGUAGCACAGUAGCCAUUAUGGAGAAAGAAUUCAAAUUUCUUCCCGUGCUAGGUUGGUCAAUGUGGUUAGAUGAAUAUAUAUUUCUAGAAAGAAUCUGGACAAAAGAUGAAACAUCACUGAAGUCAUAUUUAAGGCAUCUAGAGCACAUGCCAUUUCCUUUCUGGUUGGCCCUUUUUGAUGAAGGAGCUCGUUUCACGCAGACAAAUCUUUUACAAGCUCAAGAGUUUGCUGCUUCAAAAGGGCUGUCUAUACCUAGAAAUGUUUUGAUUCCUCAUACUAAGGGUUUUGUCACAGUAGUACAAAGCCUUCGGCCAUUCGUUCCAGCCAUUUAUGAUUGCACAUAUGCAGUUCCAAAGAGUGAGGCUUCACCUAUUUUGGUGAGAAUAUUUAAAGCCAUUUCUUGCCCGGUGUAG